AUGUCGCCGCCGCGCCCACCGACAUACGACCAAGUCACCGGCAGUCCCUCCAGCGAGCUACACGCCGCCAGCGGCCAGCAGACGCUCGUCCUCGAUGGGCGCACAAUCCUCUCGGCGCAGGAGCCGUUCCGUGUCCUGUACGAACUCAACAGUCACCCGUGCGACGCAAUCACCAGCGCCUGCGACCUCCACAAGGUCCGGUACCAGCUGUCCAGCGCCGACGGCGAGGGCCACGUCAGAAACCGCCUGCAUCACAUCUACACGUUCAAGGAGACGUCGGCCUUUUCCGUCGGAGACCUCCGCAAGCACGUCUUGAUCGAGGGCAAGGCCAGCCAGAGGCGAAGCUACAAAGAAACAACUCUGACCAGCGGCACGACCGGGUGGACAAGCUGCGCUGCCGAUGGGCAUUUCGCAGCCAGAAUCCCCAUCGCUGGUCGCUUCAAAAGCGCCAGCCAAAUCGUGUGGAAGAGCCUGCCGCGUGGCAGCACUGUCGCGAGGGAGACACGGCCCACGAGACGCGAGGACGGGAGCCUGGCUGCGCUGGCCCAGUUGAGCGUCGAGGCGCCGCUCAAGGAAAAGGACCUGGAUCUGCUGGUUGCCUGCUGGACGGCGAGGCUGUGGCGAGAGUCCAAGGCCAGGCUGGACAAGCAGCUGCCACCGAGCAAUUCCAAGUCCUUCACGAGCUCCGCGCGGAGCAACGACUACGCAGUCCCACUCGGCGGUGGUUUCGCAGCCUUUGCUUGA